AUGAUGAAGGACUCCAAAAGCAUAUCAUCCAGAAGUCAAAUGGAGUCCGAUUCAAAUUCUGUUGAGCUGUCGAUUGGGAAUGGGACCAUGUAUGAGACUGUGACAAUCUUUGAGAAUAGCAGCAAUGAUGGAACAGCUUCAAUUGACUUGCCUGAAGAAACAAGAAAGGUAACAAGGCGAGAAGAUACAUUCAUUGGUCGAGUGAGAUUACUCGUCGUAUUUGUUCUAGUUGUGGCUGUGACAUCUGUCGCUAUAGUGGCAUUCUUGUUAGUCACAGAACAAGAACAAGAAGAAUUCGAAAACGAGUUCAAUGGUCACGCAUCCGAAGCUGCCGCUAUCGUUAGCCAGAAUAUCGAGAAGCUUUUUCAAGCUCUCGAUUCUGCAUCUGUCAUGAUCUCCUCAGAAGCGUCCGCACAAAACGAAACUUGGCCAUUCGUCACUAUAGACCACUGGUCAAUGAAAGCAGAUCGAAUUUUCAAGUUAGGUGGUAUUGGACAAUCUACACUUGCUCUAGCACCCAUAGUCCAACAACAGAUUGUGAAUGAUUGGACCACCUACGUGGAGCAACAAGCUCCAGUAUGGUACGAAGGCUCCAUCAACCUUGAAGACUCAAACAAGACAGUUGAUGAGCUCGUCAGUAAAACUAUUCCAUAUGUACACACAUAUGCUAACAACAGCUUUGUGGCGACGCCAGUUGAGCGCAAUGGUCCUGUUGUGCCUAUUUGGCAAUCCCAUCCACUCAGAAUGGGCAAGAUAUCUCCAUCAAUGGAAGCACUUCCAACGAACUACGAUAUCCUUCAAGGUCUUGGGCGUGGCAUGCCUUUGAUUGAAGCUGUCAAUGCGACUCUUCGCCCUGUUAUUUCCUUGUCUUAUGUCGGUGUAAAUGAGAGUACACGUGAGAACAUUGCUAGAAGUACCAUCAUGCAGCCUAUUUUCGAGGAAGUUGAGGAAGUCGAUAUUGAAGGUAAAGACGCAAAGCUGGUUGCUGUCCUAUGGUGGCAAAUUGACUGGUCGGUUGUAUUCUCCAACCUAUUAGAACAAGAUGUUACUGGCAUUAUUGCCGUUCUUCGAAGUAGCUGCCAAUCAGGCAGCAGUCAAGAGCAUACCAGCGAAGUCACUUAUAGGAUUAAUGGACAAAGAGCCAUUUUUCUCGCAAACGAAGAUAUCCACAGCGAAAAGUUCGAUAAAAUGGAGAUUUCCCAAGUUCUCGCUGAUCUUGGUAGUGGUAAAGCCAACCUACAAUCCCAAAUUUGUGUCCCAAAAGUGACACUUCAUCUUUAUCCAACGAACGAUUUCCAAAAAACAUUUGUCACUCAAGAGGCUCUAUACUACGCUGCAGUUGUGGUUUUUAUUUUCUGUUUCACAAGUGUGGUGUUCAUUAUCUAUGACUUCCUUGUCAGCCAACGCCAGCGAAUCGUGAUGGACCGAAUCAUGAGACAAGAAAAGAUUGUGUCUGAUGUCUUCCCAUCUGCUAUACGAGAUCGACUCUACAACGGGAACAUUGACGAUGGACAAAACCCCAACCAAGAUGAUCUGUUAAAUGCGGAUUUUGGAACGUCACAUAUGAUUGGUUCUGCUCCACUUGCUGACCUGUUCCCAAACACGUCCGUGAUCUUUGCGGACAUUGUCGGUUUCACUGCUUGGUCGUCCCAAAGGGAGCCUUCUCAAGUCUUCGUUCUGCUAGAGACCAUUUACAACGCCUUUGACAAGAUUGCCUAUCGUCACGGUGUGUUCAAAGUCGAAACUGUAGGCGAUUGCUAUGUUGCAGCGGCCGGGCUUCCAGAACCCAACGAAGAGCAUGCGGUAGUUGCUUGUCGAUUCGCUCGAAGCUGUUUGAAAAAGAUGAAGGAUAUUACAUUGAAAUUGGAGAUGUCUUUGGGGCCAGACACUGCUGAUUUGGCUAUGCGAAUCGGAAUCCACAGUGGACAAGUGACAGCUGGUGUAUUGCGAGGGGAGCGUAGCCGCUUCCAGCUUUUUGGUGACACCAUGAACACGGCUGCUCGAAUGGAACAUACUGGAGAGAGGAAUCGAAUUCAAGUGACGGAGGCAACAGCCGCCUUGUUAAAGGAAGCCGGAUUGGGAAGGUGGGUUUUCCCUCGAUCGACUACCAUAUUCGUCAAGGGUAAAGGCAACAUGCAGACGUAUUGGAUGAAGACACUUAGAGCCAACAAAGGCAGGAAAAAGUCAAGACCUAAGAACGAAAUAAUCAGUGUUGAAGACACUGCCAAGACAGAAGAAACUGCCAAGACGGAAGAAACUUCUGAGGAAACCUCUGACACACGUUCUGAAGGUUCCAGAAGUGAUCCAAGUGACACCGAAGGGGAAGAUGACCUCGACUAUGACAUUGAUGGCGUGGAGGAGAUGACCAAAAUUGAUCGUCUUGUGGAAUGGAAUGUGGAAAAUCUAUCAACUCUUCUUCAACAGAUCAUUGCCUCGAGAGGUGGCGUGGUCCAAUCCAUCGACGGUCUUAAAGAAGCAGAAGCCAAAGUUGGAGGGAAUGGCACCGUGCUUGAAGAGUUCAUUCCGAUCAUUCAUUUGAAGCGCUUUGAGGAAGAUGAGCUUCGCAACCGCUUGAGGCCAACAGAAGUUGACAUUGGAGAAGCCGCCCGUACACAGCUACGGUCGCUGCUAUCCGGUAUCGCAUCUCUUUAUCAAAACAAUCCAUUCCACAAUUACGAGCAUGCCAGUCACGUGACAGCAUCAGUGCAGAAGCUUCUAAGCCGCAUUGUCAAGGUUGGAGAAGGCAAUGGUCUCGAAUCAAACAGCCCCGAUCAAGCAUUGGAUUUGGUCGAUUUGGCUGGCCAUUCAUAUGGUAUUACCUCCGAUCCUUUGACACAAUUUGCGGUUGUUUUCUCCGCAAUCAUCCAUGAUGCCGACCACCCUGGAGUUCCAAACUCGCAGCUCGUCAAGGAAAAUGCUCGAAGUGCUCAAAUUUACAAGAACAAGUCAGUGGCAGAACAAAAUAGCGUCGAUCUCGCAUGGGAGAUUUUCAUGCAAGAUGAAUACAAGGACCUUCGGGCUUGCAUCUAUCAGACAGAAGAAGAUCUUCACCGCUUCCGACAAUUGGUUGUCAAUACAGUCAUGGCCACUGAUAUUGUCGACAAGGAACUCCAGGCACUCCGCAAGAAGAGAUGGGAUGCUGCCUUUUCAGGGACCUUCCUGUACGAGCCCAGUUCGAUAAGUGUAGAUCGCAAGGCUACCAUUGUGAUUGAGCACUUGAUCCAAGCUUCCGAUGUGUCUCACACCAUGCAACAUUGGCACAUUUACAAGACAUGGAAUGAAAAGUUCUUCAUGGAAUGUUACGGAGCCUUCAAGGCCGGGCGAGCUGACGUUGAUCCCAGCAUCAACUGGUAUACGGGCGAGAUUGGAUUCUUUGACUUCUACGUGAUUCCGUUGGCCAAGAAGCUCGAUGACUGUGGUGUAUUUGGAGUAUCUUCUGAAGAGUACCUCAACUAUGCGAAGACAAAUCGUGAGGAGUGGGUUCGUGAAGGUGAAAACAUUGUAAAAGGCUUUCUGGAAAAGUUCGAGGAGAAAAUGGCUAAAAAAGAGGGGAAUUAA